AAAAAAAAGGGUGGAAAUUCCACGUUGGUCAUCAUCAUCAUCGUCAUCACCGGCAUCACAGUAUCACCUUCCUCAAAAGAGGGGGAAGGAGUGGUACUUUAUUGUUAAAUUAUUACAAUUAUGUCACCUCUUGGGUUGCAGGUUACAAGAGAGCUUUGGGAAUUUUUCACUGACUCCUCCCUGUUAUGAGGAAACCUUAUUUAUGAAAAACUUUCACUCCCUCUACAGAACAACUCAACAGUUCAUUUGUCUGAGGAUCUUCACCAGUGUUACUGCUUUCUGACGACAAAGACAUAAUGGCAACAUCCGAUGGGUUUCCAGCCAGUUUCUAUGGUGAACCUGGGGUGUUGGGCAUGUUAUCCAAUGGGAUCAGUGCAUUCCUUGUCCUUCUGCAGAACUUUAAUACAGCCCGUAGUGGCACUGAACCAAUGGGAGUGGAAAACAUACUUGCAGGUGUCCAUCUCAUCCUGAUUGGUGGUAUAUGUCAGCUGGUGGCCGGACUGCUUUCUUUCAGAAAAUAUGAUCAUCUGAGUGGCACUGCCUUCAUUGGCUAUGCUGCUCUGUGGGGCAGUUUUGGUGCCACUCGAAUCUUCCUUGGUGCCUUACCAGAAAAAAACACCACUACAACGUCCAGUUCUCUGAAUUCCACCACAGAGCUCCUUGUGUGCAAUUUAUGCCUCUCCACAAAAGAGUCUGCCGUUGCUGGUCUGGUUCCCUUUAUCCUUCUGUCCUUCCUCCUAGCCUUCUGCUCUGCCACAGUCAACUAUAUCAUGCCUUUUGUUUUUGGGGCCAUCACUGCCACCUUAGUGUUUGAAGCAGUGGGCGUAGUUUCAAGCUCCUGGGCUCUCGUCGUCUCGGGGGUUCUUGAGUUGCUCAUUUUAAUUUUUGCCAUCUACGGUUCAGCUGCACUGCUGAUCAAAGGCCUGACUCAGCGUCUAGUCCUCAAAGGUUUUGGUACCCCCCUCUUUAAUGUUCUCUUGCUGGGGACUGCCAACUCAGCGAGCACACAGAGCAUUGGUCAAGAGAAGAAGAAAAACACAAAAUAUGCAGAACCCAUGGCCUUAGGUUUCUUCUGUGACACUGUUGCCCCUUUCAUCUUUGCUUUCUAUAGCUUUGGGUAUGUUAAAGCCUUCGGCCUGGGUGUUGUAUGGGUUUCCAUCAUCUCAGUAGCCCAGCUGUUCUCAAGCUACUAUGCCCAUCUGCGCCAAGAUUGUUACCACACAACUAAAUUUGGUUUGCAUGCUACAUAUUGGCUAGUGAAAGCAUGGGAGGAGUUUGUGGUAUCUGUCCUGAUUGUGGAGGACAGUAACUUGGUCUCAGGGAGGGAAGCUCUAGUGGGGAACUGGUUCUUUGUGGUGGCAGGCUUGGUACUCUGUGUGGUAAGCCUGAACAUGGAUGUCCUAGAACUAGUCCACAACAUGUUCUUUGUCCUGCUCACAGUCUCAACAAUCCCCCAGAUUCCUCUCCAGGGUUCCUAUAUUUUCUUUGGUGUAGCUUGCUCCCUCUUCACCACAGCCUCUCUGUAUGGUACCUUCUCACGUCUCAUCAACACGAUAGCGGAGAAGUCUCUCAUCCCAAUAGGCCCGCAGCCCAUUUCCACUGAACAGCUACAGAAGGCUUUCAUGUGUGGCAGAUAUAAACAGGGAAGACAGGAAGCACUGCCCCAAACAGACCAAGACUCAGAUGCCCUGUUCUACAUUUCCAAUGGACUUGCAGCUCUCUCAGCUCUUCAUACUCACACGUCAAGCUCAAACCCGUCCUUCCUUCAUUUGACUGUCCCUUGGGUCCUCAUCUCUGGAGCCAUCAUACAGGCCUAUGUCAGCCGCCUGCAAGUUACAGGAGGUGGCCGUUUUGGGUCUGUCAUUUCAUCCAUCUAUGUAGCAAUAUGGGCAACCUGGACCUGGUUCAGAUUUGCAGGUAACUUGCUCCAACAUUCCACAGAAGCAUCCUAUGGUUUUACAGCCGGAGCUAUUGCUUUCUUGGUCAUUAACACUUUCCUCAUGCUGAUAGCUGCCUACAAGAACCUCGUUUUGCUCUUUCUAACAAUAGUCAUGGAGGUUGUUCUGGUCUGUUUCCUGCUGUCCACACUGCAGCAGCUACCAUACCAACUAGAAAUUGCCAUGCUUGCACUUCUAUCAAUAAUUUGUAUGUAUGGAGCUCUGGGCUCACUGGUCAACUGCAUCUUCUUGUGGAGGCUACUGCCAAUGGGCCCUGCCUUGUUAAAGGAAAAGGGGAAGAAGGAAACAUCUCCAGGGCUGCCCUGCCCUGUUGCUGAUUCCCGACUCACCAGUGGCCUACAGAUGAUCGCUGGUCUCCUGGAGGAAGGUGGAGUAUGUGGUGCUCCCACAGACACAGUCUAUUGCCUGGCUGCCUCCUGCAAGAAUCCUCAGGCUAUAGAGAAAAUCUACAACAUUAAAGACAGACCAGCAGAGAAGCCCAUCUGUAUAUGCAUCUCCAGCAUUGAGCAGUUGGUAGCAGCCAGGCCUCCCUUCAGUCCUCUGCUUUGGGAGUUUAUGAAGAAUGUCUAUCCUGGAGGAAUCAGCUGUAUCGUCAGCAAAGGAGACUGGCUUUACAAACUGGGAGUGGGAGCAGCUUAUGACCGUGUUGGUACCACCGACAGUAUCAUGAUCCGAGUCCCAGACCACACUGUGACCGCUCACCUGUGUGACAUGACUGGACCCCUUGCCAUUACCUCUGCCAAUCCCAGCGGAGAGGCAGACAGCACCCACCACAGCAUGGUCAUUAAUCGACUGGGGCACAAGAUCCAAGGAGUUCUCUGUGAUGGGUACUCAAAGGAAGUUGUUGCAUCAACUGUGGUCAACUGCCUGAAGAUUGAUGAAGGCACCAUCACUAUUGUGAGGGAAGGCUGUGUCCCCGCAGUGAAAGUCAGGCAGAUCUUCGACAGAGUGAAAGCCACAAUGCUGUGAUCGUUCCAUAACUCACUGCCUUCCUUUCCUGAGAGCCUCUUCACACCUGGUGUCCCACCACUACUGGAUCAAGUGGCACAAAUACAUUAGAGGAGUGGUAAAUGAUUGUAUGAAUUCAGAAUCUAUUCAAACUGCUGGGCAGGCAGAUUUUGAUGAGAGGAUGUUAAAAGCGAGAUGAUCCCUCUUUAUAAAACUAGUUUGUAGAACACCUAUAUCAAAGGCUUGAUAUGAGAAGGUUACAUCUUAAAAUUAAAUGUUAUGACUGUUAAUUUGAGUAUACUUGGUAUGUGUUUUUCUAUUUUCUUUAACAGUAACAGAUAUAGAGCAUUUGUAUUAUUGUAUUAGUGUUCUGCUUUAUGAUCAUUAUUAUUUUAUACUUUAAAUUUACAGAAUGCUCAUCAAAUGAAAUCUCUACAAUUGAGCAAUUUCAGGAAUGAGCAAUUUCAGGGACACUGUAAGCAAAACCAAAGGAACAGAGCUGUACAUGUAUGUGGAGUUGUGUUGUAAAAUGUUCAUUUAUACCUCAAAACAUUUGUAAUAGAUGCCUUACAGUCUCAGCAAAGUAUUUUCUUUUCCAUAUAAGGAAUCACACCAACUUGAAGCUGUAUCACUGUGAUAAGAAGUGUGGGAGAUGUAAUAUUUCUGUUAGAUGUUAAUUUUGUGUGAAAUGUGGUCAGUCUGCAAACACGUAUUUAUGGGACACAGAAAAUGUAACUUAUGUUGUUGUAUGUAUUUAAGCUCACUGCACCGUUCAUUCAAUUCUGUGACAAUAAAAAGAUUAAUUUUAAA